GUCUAAUCCGUUCAUAAGGUGAACUGGGUACAGGAACGCACGUUCAGUCCUCAAAGAACAAUUUCCAAUCGAGUCUUUAACUCUCUUGAUACGUUCAGCAAUACCGUAACCAAAACAUGGACGGUGAGCCCCUUAAAUAUUCUCUUCUAUGAUUAGUUGUUUCUUUUGCUCUGAAUUUCAGUAAUGCAUGAAGUUUAUAAACACAAGUCGAUUCACAGGUAGCCCAAGCUCACUAUGAGAGCCCUGAACAACAUUGUCCUACUUAGCUAAUUAAUUGUUCAUACAGCAAGAAAAUUAUAAGACGUUAUAUGAAGAAAUAUUCUUUGCUCACUAAAUUAGCAAAAUGUACAUUGAAUAUCGCUUUGAAGCUUACCUUUAGCGUCUUCUUGUUUUUCUUUGCAUUCUGACUGCAUUUCAGACCUCCUAGGCACUGUUUAAGGCCUUUUUUGGAGCGACAGUUUUUCACCCAGAUGACAAUAGAGAGAAGAGAAGAGAAGCUGAAUAAUAAGCCAAGAGAAUACAAUUUAACAGAUUGCUGAGAUCAAGUUUUCAGUGUGUUUCUUAGAAUUAGAGCUUCAAAUUUCUAGGCCUUUCAUCAUCCAGUCGGUUAUAACAUAAUGAGAGUAUCUGAACAUUAUUUGCGUGUACAUGCCUUUAAGUAUAACCAUACUAAGGAGCAAACAACUUUUAUUUCUGAAACUAUAGGAGAAUACAAAGUGACCUUGCUGAUAUACAGUGGUCUUCCUGAUCCUGUUUGGACGAUUGGUUCUCAAAAUGAGAAGUUUCAGCAAAUAAAAGAGCUUCUGGACAACGCAAGAGCCAAAGGCAACAUCUUCGGUUACAAAAAUAUUCCUCCUCUUCUUGGGUUCAGAGGUUUCUUAGUACAACAAUCAGGAGCACAUGGAGAAGAACUGAUUUUAGGGAAAGAGACAGGGGACCUGCAAAAGCUGCUGCUUGAUACAAUGCCAAAAGAGUCAGUAAAAGACAACUUGCGCCAGAAAAUUUUACAGGCCAUCGAUUUAGGAGCUGUCUCGCCUAAAGAGCCUGAUGCGACCCAAGAUUCUUUGGCUUCAGUUAGUUCUCAAGUUCCCAGCAAAGAAGACAAAGGCGGUGUUGGGGUGAUACAACACUAUGCACCUAAAUAUAACCCGGAUAGGUGGAACAAGAACCCAGUGAUCCUCCGAUAUAACAACUGCUACAACUACGCAAACCAAAAAAUCACCAACAGCUUCGCUCAGCCUGGAUAUGCCAGCGGCUACUAUCCCUAUGACAUAACCCCAGAAGACUUGAUUAAGGCCUGCGAAAGUGACGGCUUAGUAAAGAUGGAUGUUGAUCCAAGUGCUCCUUGCCCAAAAGCACCACCACAACCAAACUGCUUAAUAGCCCUGCUUGUUGCCGAAGGUAAGAAAAUUAUCACUUCCUGUUUCUCCAGAGUGGCCAAAAACAAUCAUUUUUGUCUUGUCCUCAACUCCCUAUACCUCCAUGACACGGUAGAAACCCGUGAGAACAAUUUGCUUUUUCUCAAGUUCUUACAGUAGAUGGUAAUAAGUUCAGGUUUUUCAAAUCCAGAUUGUAUUAAAAUUGUAUUAUUGUAUAACAAUUUGAUUUGAUUUUCAACAUUGUCAUUUACAUUGCAGUUGAAGUGUUAAGAUUUUAGAAAUAAGAACCUGUUUCAAAUUUUAUGCUCAAUAGGUUUUUGUAUAGAGAGGGCCUAACUGGCAAACUUUAAGAACCAGGGCCCGGUUGCAUAAAACGCCCGUAACAGUUACGGGUAUACGUACGUGUACUCGUAACUUAAGUCAGUUGCAUUAACUCACUUACGUGGUCCACUUAGGGAAUUCACUUAAGUGGUUGCACUUACGAUUUUCGUAAGUAUCCACUUAAGUGUAAUUUAUGCAACAGAAAUUGCGGGUGUUGCAUAAAACCUUUUUUGCGGGAAAAUUAGCACGUAAAUUUACAGGCCCUAGGUAGGUCCCGUAUCCUUAUUGUUUUUACUAAAGUUAACGAGAUCUUUUACUAAGAGGGGAAAAAGAUUGUUUUUUUCUUUACGUAAUUCCGUUCUAAUGCGCUUUGUUAACCUCUGAUGUACAAUUUAAAACCGUCGUUAAGAAAAAAGAAGAACAACAAAAAUUUCCAGUGGAUAUUGAAGUAAAAUAACGAUUUCAUGUAAACUUUAUUUGAAUGAGAGGCUUAAAAAGGUGUUCGAAACGAAUUGACACUUUCUUUACACUCACCGAUGGUUAUCUUAAUUUAAAAAAAUAGAGUGAGUCAAAUUAAUAAUUUAAAGUACCAUAACAAAGUUACUCGUGCCCUUAAGUAAGGGAUUCGUAAGUGACAUACUUAAGUGGGCACUUAAGUGCAGGUUUUAUGCAAUCGGGCCCAGGGUCUUACUCAGUCGCUGGUUUUUACUGUAAAUCGGUGUACCGUUAUCAUUUGGUUUCAAAGUUUCUUGUACUAAUUUCGUCUUCAAAUUAAUAGAAUGGGCUCUAAGCUAAUAUGAGAACUUUGGUAAUCUCGAAUGGUGGGUGACUAGAGUUCAGUGAAGGUUUGAAUGGGCUGUUAACCACGCUGAUAAUACAUUAAUUUGCUUCGAAAGGAGCUAACUAGUGCGGCCUCUUGAAUUGUAAUCAGUGGUAUUGAAGUUUGUGCAAUUACCGACAGCAAUUGAUAAGGAAAAUUAUACUACACCGAUGAGGCAAAAAGUCUAAACAAAUCUUUUUCGUACUUUAUUUCUUUAUUUUUAGAGGUGGAUUACCAUUGUUAUCGCUUGGAUGACACUAAUCCCCCAGGGUACUGGUCUCAGAAACUUGGGGGAACGCCUGUCACUGACCUUGACGGAAAAGGAAACAUGAUCACUGACCCAAGGACAGCUGUCAAUCCGAAGUUUGGUCCCGAUUACAAGUUUGUUACUUUCAUGAAGAUCUGUAUCAACAUUAUUGAUGGACCACUCAGCCCUCCAUAGUCUGAAAAGCCUGAGUUUUUAAGUUUCAAGGAACCUUCGCUGCAUAUGAACUUUGGGACUCUAAAAUUUUAAAAUUGUCUCUUUUGUCAUUCAGUAAAAACGUAAAAUAGAUUUUGAUUUCUUAGUAGUUUCAGUACAUGAACUUUGUCAGCUUUUCGCGAUUUAUUAAGUUAACGGCAUCUAUUUAAAGAUUUCGUUCAUAUAUUAAUAAUCAACGACAACAACAAUAAAAACCUUUAUUUGCAUGACUAUAAUAAUAGUUAUAGCAGAUUGCAAAAGUUACGUAAAAUAAGAACGAAAAGAGAAAGAAAUAAUGAUUAUGAUAUCAAUAACAGAGAACCAAGUGACAUUAUUCUUACGUACUGCAGAACACUGUCACGAUCCGCUGAUUAUGUAGUCUGCAAAACAGUCCGUAUUUUUGCGUAUUCAAGUACGCGCGAGUAGUCAAACAAAAGGUCUGGAACGAGGCUGUAAAAGGCUCGCGCGCCUCGCGCGUAAGACUCUUACGGCACGCUUUACCGAUUUCUUUACUGAUUUUGAGAAAAAAAACCCGACUGUUUUGCAGUCUACUGAUUAAGUACCUUGGCGUGGUGGAUUAGCUUGUGUGUUCCUAUGACCCGGAGAGCUAAGCUGGCGGGAGCAAGUCUCCUGGCAGGUUUAACCAUGCCAGACAGGUUGAAGGGUUGGAACCAGACGAAAACUUAAUCUACUAGAGGAGUAAACCUCGAUGACAAAAAAUCCAGGACUGGGCAGCAGCUCUUCUGUAGCACUGAUAGGCAAAUACUGGCAGACAGAUAUUAUGGCUAUUUGUGUUUUGAUCGAUGGCGGAUGAUGAAUGACACUGUUAAAGACAACGGCAUGGAUCAGCCAUUUCUCAUUAGUAGAAAACUGCGGUUACGAGUAGGAGUUGCGACCACUAGUACUGAAUCGUACUUCCUCUUGGAAGUGUGAAAGCAACUGAAAAGCAGCAACAGCAAGCAAGCAUGCAGCAAGCAAGCAAGCAAGUCACGAAAAUUAUUCAAUAACGUAGAUGUCAAAUGUGGUUUCAGAUUCGGUACAUCUAAUGGAAUUUAUAGACUUAACACUCUUUGUGCGAUUUGCUACAAAAACGGCAACUAUACCUUAUUGUAUUUUUGUUUUUGUGUUUCAAUGAUAAGUUGAAUCAAUUAUAGAGGAGUUUAUGGACGUUUUUGUCCCAGUUUUUGGAUUUAUUUGUCGUAGUCUAGUAUGAAAUAGACAACAAAUUCUCAUACUAUUCAAUGACCAGUUAAGAAGCUUACUGUCAGCUGUAAGGUUCCUGGUUUGCAUUAUGUUGUUAAAGAAACCUGUAAAGCGAUGGUCAAAUCUAC